AUGACGAAACGAGCGGCGCUGCAGAAAAAAGCGACGGCGGGGCAACUUUUUUUUCAAGACCCACUCAGCUCCACACUCUGCAUAAACCACGUGUUUAACACUAGGGCAGCAUUUUGGGUGUUUUGUGUGCCUGAAUACACGCCACUCUGGCCGCCAGCUGCCCUGUGUCAAGCCGUCAUGCGGGACGAGCACAUACCGCUGGCCAAGCGCACAGCCCCAGAUAUCGCUUUGGCAAUGUCAUACUUGAAUGCACAUGAGCUCUCAUCUCCCUCUGAAAGAUACGUGUACAUCCUAUGGAUCUUGGUGGCUGUGCUGGCUGUGUUGCUUGGCUUGGAAUACAUCCUGUGCCUGACACAACGCACGAUUCUUGGCGUAAUUUGGUCUAAGUGGGCCACAAUGCAAUAUAACCCUCGACACGUUCACAGACUGGCCUUUGUGAAUCUUCAAUUAAGACGCGUUGUCUUUGUUCUUUUGUUGCUCCUGCCUCUGCUUUUGUUGACUUUUAUCGGUCCCGACUACGUGGAUCCAUCCGUGGCCCUUUUCGAUAUGAACUAUCGCGCACCUACUUCCCCGAGUCAGGUACCUACUUUAAAACGGCGCGACAUCCAAUGGGGACUCGGUCAGUAUCCCCGCAUCAUGACGAAAAAGCCCACGUACACAUUACCGUAUCACACAUUCUGGACCAUGGGGAGCCGCUUCGGCGACUUUUGCAACGCACUCACACCACUGAUCAUAUUAUUUGCACUGAAGCAGGCGCCUUGUGCACUAUUUGCCCUGCCUGUGUUUGGGCACAUGGCGUCCAACGCCUUGCAAUAUCUGCACAAGUGGGGCGGAUACCUCUUGUGGAUAUACGCUGUUGUACAUACGCUGCUGUGGAUCGUUCAAGUUGCUUAUGAUGCGCGCGUUCAGCCAGACUUGUGGACACACCUGUUGGGCCUACCGCGUUUCCGCUGGGCCAUUGUCGCUUUCAUCUUUCUCACCCUUCUCGUUGUAUUAUCUUUCCCACCGAUCCGCCGUCACUAUUACGAAUUUUUUUAUGUCACUCAUGUCAUAUGCGUUAUUGGUUUUAUGAUUGCUACGUGGGCUCAUCAUCCACAGCUCGGUGGCUGGAUGCUCGCGGGGUUUCUUGUUUGGGGUUUGGAACGCGUAUGGCGCGCGUUUAGAACGCUGCAUUUCAACUACAGUGAGCGGCCCGCCGACCUCAAACGUAGUAUGCACUUGCAUGAGCAAUCAAUCAAGGAGCCUACGACUAAAGGCGUGCUCGUUACACCCAAAGGCGAGGUGCCUGAAGACACUGAAUCUAUCGUGUCACUGUACAUGGCCUCUACGACAUCACUUACCUCCAAAUCUAUCGAGACAUUCAGGUCCCCUAUACCCAGUGACCUCCAGGAGGAGCUGUACCCAGGAUUUGCAUUUAUUCAGCCUCUGGCAGGCCAGAUGCUCCGUAUUGUCUUGCGUACAUCCAAACCCAUGUCAUGGAGCCCGGGACAGUGGGUGUAUGUCGGCUUCCCGGCGCUUAGCUGGAUUCAAACACAUCCAUUCACGAUCGCAUGUUCUUACGUCGACGAGUUUGAGCAAUUGUACGAAUCGCACGACUCUGCGUCGCAGGCUCGACGCGAUGCACACCUUCUCGUCCUAUUGGUCCGCGCACGCAACGGUUUGACGCGUCGGCUGUGGGACCAUGUGACCAAGCGGUGCGAGAUGCACGCCCCAGAAUCAGCGACUUCGACGGACACCGUAUUCCCACCUAUUCAAGGGACGUCUUUUCGAACGCAAGUCCAAGGCAUCUAUAUGCGCACAAUUGUGGAUGGUCCCUUUGGAGGCUCUGCCCGUAUUGAUUGGAGUGCCUAUGCAACAUGCGUCGUUGUAUGUGGCGGCUGUGGCGUAACGCUGGGCCUAUCCGUACUCGAGUACUUGUGUGCUAAGGUGGCCCUCGCUCAGAUGGGAUGCAACGUACAAGGUAGUUGGGGCCGUCCGUUCCGCAUGCACCGCAUUCGAUUCGUAUGGAUCAUGCGAGAUUAUGCUCACCUCCAAUGGGCAGCGAGUGCUUUGCGCCGGUGUCUCGAAAUAUUGCCUCCUGAACACCUGACCAUCGAGAUGUAUGCAACCCGCGUACAUUAUGCAAUGUCACAACCACAUCAUGAUGCGUCGAAAUACGAAGAGCAGGAAGACAUGUAUCGCCCGCCGCUACCACAAAAAUUGCUCCAUGAUAUGGGUUUGCGAGCAGCGGAUCUGACGCAGUUCGAAGACGGCGAAGAAAAGCCCCCUAAUGCGAUGGAACAGUCCAUGAGUGAGCAUAUCCGUGUUCAGGGCAAAUGUCGUCGUGCUCGCACACGGUUGAACCGCGCGAGAUCCGCCACUCAUGACCGACACGCGCCGACUCCCCUCCCUGUACAGCAUGCCAAUCGACAAGCGGAUAAUGAACUGGAGUUUAUACAGAACGGACGCAUGCCUCCGUCUGCCUUGCAUGUCGACACGUGUGACCAUUACAGCGAUACGUCACUCAAUGCAUAUCCACUCAAACCGAUUCCGCCACCAUUCAUGAACGCCUCGUCCCACGACAUCAAGACACCUAGAAGCAUGUCACCACCGCCGGUGAGUGCCAACCUCGAUCCCCUUGAGCAACAGGACUUUUCUGUUUUGUCCGAGCUCACACGCCCUGGAUACCCUGAUUUGUCUGGCAUUCUUCAUGAAGAAGUCCGCCAAUCUCAAGGCCGUACUUUGACAGUGGGGUGUGGUCCAUCAGGUCUCAUGGCGCUUUUACGCACAGCCGUGUCUGAUCACACGUCCAUACGCAAAGUGUGGCAAGGCGACGCGUCCGGUCAUGUAAGCUUGUUUACUGAGUCAUACGAGAUUUAA